AUGAUGUUGCGAGCAUACAAGCAAUUCUUCUUUGCAGUGCUUGCUGGUUUUGUUCUUGCAGUAUCAGUCGAUUCCCAGAACCAAACAGGCUUCAUUAGCAUCGACUGUGGUCUACCGAAUAAUUCUAGUUACACUGAAAGGACAACAGGCAUUAGCUAUACUUCAGACUCGAGCCUCAUAGACACUGGUGAAAGCAAGUAUUUAUCAGCUGGUUCGAGCUCUUAUCAGCCAUACUGGUACGUUAGAAGCUUCCCUCAAGGAGUGAGGAACUGCUACAAAAUAAACGUUACAAAUGGCACCAAAUAUUUGAUCCGAGUGGGUUUUCAAUAUGGGAAUUACGAUGGCAAAAAUGAAUCACCCGAAUUCGAACUACAUCUGGGACCUAAUUUGUGGGAUGUAAUGGAUUUCUCAUCGGUAUUGUUUGACACAACCAGAGAGCUCAUACAUGCCCCUCCGCAAGACUAUAUACAUAUUUGUCUGGUGAACACAAGCAAAGGGGUUCCAUUUAUAUCCUUAAUAGAACUAAGGCCUUUACUUGAUACAUUUUAUCCACAAAAAUCGGGGUCCUUGGCACUUGUCUCGCGGUAUGACACUGGUAUAUUUGCUAAUGAUACAACAUACAACUUCAGGUAUCCAACCGAUAUUCAUGAUCGAAUUUGGGACACCACAUAUUCCAUUGAUGAAAAGACGCAGUUGCAAUUAAGUACCUCAGCCAUGGUGAACAAAUCUUAUCAUGCUGACUUCCAAAUACCGUCUGCUGUCAUGAGCACUGCUGUCGCCGCAAAAAAUGCAAGCGCUCCUUUGAAUUUUUAUUGGACUGCUGCUAAUAAGAGUUCAGAAUAUUAUGUUUACUUGCAUUUUGCAGAAAUUCAAAAGCUCUCACCCAACCAGACCAGAAAUAUAUAUAUUGUUCUGAACGGAUAUCGUCAAGAGCUGUCAAUUGUUCUACCUUACCUGUCGCCAAAUACAAUUUACACCGACAGGCCCUCUACUGGAGCCACAAUACAUUCUUUUUCAAUCCUCAAGACUGAAAACUCUACCCUUCCACCAAUCCUCAAUGCCUAUGAGAUUUACGAGGCUAAAAAGUUCUUACAAUUGGAAACAAACCAAGGAGAUGUUGAUGCAAUCGCAAACGUCAAGUUAAGUUACCAAAUCAGUAAAAACUGGCAAGGAGAUCCAUGCAGCCCCCAAGUAUACAAGUGGGAAGGCCUAAAUUGUAACUAUCAUGAAUCCACACCCCCUAGAAUCAGAUCUUUGAACUUGUCCUCCAGCAGAUUAAGAGGCCAGAUAUCUCCUUUUAUAGCCAAUCUCACAAUGAUACAGGAUUUGGAUUUAUCAAACAACGACUUGACAGGACCAAUUCCAGACUUUCUGUCUCAAAUGCCAAACUUAAACGUUCUAAACUUGGGAAAAAACAAGCUCACAGGCUCAGUUCCGGCAGAACUCAUUGAGAGAAGCAAGAACAAUGUGCUAUCGUUAAGUCUCUGUGAAAAUCCAAAUCUAUCCGAAUACGGACAUGUUUCUUGCAAAUCAAGGAAGAAGAAGCACAAUGUCGUUAUUCCCGUACUAGUAUCCAUACUUGGAACUGUCAUCCUCUUGUUAACUGUAGCAGCUAUCUGCUGGAGAAGGAAUGAAGAUGAGCCAACCCAGACACCGGGUAGAAAAUUUACAAAAUCUGAGAUCGACAAGAUCACCAGCAAUUCUACACUAAUUGGAAGAGGCGGAUUUGGAGAAGUCUACCAUGGCACUCUGGAAGAUGGUACUCAAGUUGCUGUAAAAAUACUCAAUUUAUCAUCAAGUCAAGGCUCUGAAGAAUUUCAAAAUGAGGUCCAACUAUUGAUGAGAGUUCAUCAUAGAAACUUGGUUUCUCUCGUUGGCUACUGUGACGAAAGUGGCACUAUGGCGCUUGUUUACGAAUACGUCGUAAAUGGAAAUUUGCAACAGCAUUUAUCAGCUGCAGAUAUACCUUACGAGGGCUUGACUUGGAUGCAGAGACUUCAAGUUGCAGUAGAUGCAGCACGAGGAUUGGAAUACCUGCAUGAUGGUUGCAAACCGCCGAUACUGCACAGAGAUUUGAAGCCUUCCAACAUCUUGUUAACUGAGACGUUGCAAGCCAAGAUAGCCGACUUCGGAAUUUCUAAAGCUCUUGCAACUGAAACUGCCACUCAUGCCUCAACAGACAUCAGAGGAACAUAUGGGUACCUGGAUCCCGAAUAUUGCACAACUGGCCAGUACACUAGAAAGAGUGAUGCAUACAGCUUUGGGAUUGUCUUGCUAGAGCUUAUAACUGGCAGACCAGCAAUAAUAACAGAUUUAGAACCUGUACAUGUUAAUGUAUCUGAUUGGGUGAGAGCCAAAGUUGAGAGAAGGGAAAUUGAAAGCAUAGUGGAUUCGAGAGUUCAAGGGACAUACAAGUAUUCUUCUGCACAGAAAUCUAUAAGAGUUGCCCUGGCUUGUGUGUCUAAAACACCAACCGAAAGGCCAGAAAUAAGUCAUGUGUAUGACAGAUUGAAGGAAUGCUUGGAAAUUGAGAAGGCCUCUGAAGAAUCAGAGAUUGCGAGUGGUGAUGAGGGAAGAUUAAGCAGUUCAAAUCAAAUGAACACCGUUUAACAGACGUACCAUUUAGUACUAGUCCUUUGAGUGUUCUUGUUCUUCUUAGGCUUCAGGUUUGGUUUCAGUUUGUCCCCCUGGGGUGUUUUCUUUUGGCUUGUUGGGUUUCUGCUUUGCUUUUACCUUUUUCCUUUUCCUGUUAAGUUGUUUGUUGCUCUUGGACAGGGCCAGUCCUAGAACUUAAAAGAUGUGUAAAAUUAAAAGUUGACGUUAUAAAG